AUGGCGGAGAGAAUCGUCGAUGCCGUCGAAGAGGCCUACAAGUAUAGGGACGAAGGAGUCGCGCCUCCGUCUUCAAAUCACGGAGGCCCAGCUUGCGGAACUCAUGAAACCCAGCUACCGAUCUCCAGUCACGCGGUCUGUCGCAAUCUGAAGAAGAUUUUGACCUCUCUCGAGGACGGCAAGAUCGUUGGCAGGAUGCCUUACAUCCCGCCCCUGGCCGUUUGGGGAGCCAUAGCCGUCUUGGAACUCUGGCAAAAGCGCGGCCCCAAUUCCAAACGCAACAAGCACAUGGAAGCGCCGCGCGAUGUCACGAGCGGAGUCCCGAUCCCACAGCUCGACAAGAACUUCGACUACUAUGUCAACACGAAGAAGAAAACGCCCAACACCGCGAAGCUAGACGAGAAGGAUCCCUUCUGGUACACCAUGGGCGACAAGCGUGACUUCAUCAUGCCCAACAAACGGAGGUAUCCUGAUGGAGCGUUCCCCGAAUGGCAGCCAAAUGCCCAGGGAAUCUCUUGGAAGCUUCCAAACGAUAUCAGCAAGGACUGGGCAUGGCCCACAUCAGCGAAUCUCUGCUGCUUGACCAGCCAGCACGACCACACCGAGGAGUCCGUGUUCCGUCCAGACAAGCGCACCAUCAUUCGUCCUAGGGACUUUGCGGACGGCGGUAAAUUUCGCUCUAUCGUGAAGAUCAGCAUGAGAUAUGAGGGAGAGGCCGGGCCGACCGCUGGACGAUCGGCACCGGAUACCUGA